GAGGCCUUAGUUGAAGAAGCAUAUGAAAGGAAAAAGCUCAGGUAUGCAGAGUUAGGGGCAGAAGCAGAGCAGCGAGGAUGGAAAGUUAGGAUUUGUCCAGUGGAAGUAGGAUGUAGAGGAUUUGUAGCAAGGUCUGUUGUCUCUUUGGUAAGGGAGUUAGGAGCAAGUGGACAGAGUGUGAGGGAAAUUGUAAAGGACAUGUCAGAUGAGGCAGCAAGAUCCAGUCAGUGGAUUUGGAUGAGAAGGAGUAAUGGUAGCUGGGGGCCCAGCAGGGGGAGCACUUAGGAUAGAUAGACUCUUAGGAGAAGCAAGGAAGAAAUCCAGGAAGAGGAAGUGUUUUUAAGUGGGGGUGUGGCCUGUGUGAGCCUCUUUGAGACCAUGCGGUUAGUCCAGAUCAUCUUCUAUGAGGACAAGAACUACCAAGGUCGCAGGUAUGAGUGUGACAGUGACUGCACCGACUUCCACUCCUACCUGAGUCGCUGUAACUCAGCCCGCGUGGAGAGCGGGACCUGGGUGAUCUACGAGAGACCAAACUUCUCGGGUUACCAGUACGUCCUGGCCAGAGGCGAGUACCCGGACUACCAGAGCUGGACUGGCUUCAAUGACAGAGUCAGCUCCUGCAAGAUGAUCCACUUUGCCAGCGAAGAUCCUUACAAGAUCGAGCUGUAUGGUAAAGGGGACUUCGGUGGCCAGGUGUUUGAAGAGACUGAAGACUGUCCCUCUGUGCUGGAGAAGUUCCACUGGAGGCAGGUUCACUCCUGCAGGGUCCUGGGAGGCUGGUGGGUCUUUUAUGAGCAUCCCAACUACAAGGGCCGCCAGUACCUGCUGGAGAAAGGCGAGUACCGCAAGUCGGUGGACUGGGGCGCCAUCUGCCCCACUGUCCAGUCCUUUAGAAAGCUCAUUGAGUAGCCACUUAGCUUUUAUUCUGUUUCUUUUUUAUUGAUUUUCUUCCUCUGGUUGCUGAUUGGCCUUUGAUUGACACCUGAAAAGUCCAAGAUGCAGCUGCAACCAUGGUUACAAUAAACCUGAAUGACAAGUAUUACAAUGUUGUUCCAUCACUGUGUGAGUGUCUGGCAAUGCAUGUGCAAUGUACUAUAUCAGGGAUGUUUUUCUUGAGUUUAGUCUGAGUGACUGUAGCACAGUUAAAAGGAAAUAAUAAUAACAUUUUGCAGAAUAUUCUACUUUGUUUUAGAAAUGUGGAUGUUUGAGUUGUGUCACAGUG